CGUUACGGUAUACGGAGUGGGCACGAUUGCUUUCACGAGUUGGGAAUCCGUUGCUGUCGUACGUCUCGUCUAUGGCGUGCUGUAUGUCCUCUCCUUCUUUCUUCCUUUCCAAAUAAGCACUCCUCUUCUUCCUCCUCCUCCUCCUCCGCCUCCUCUUCUCAUUCCCAACUCAUCGAUCCAUCAGUAGCUAGCUAGCUAGCUAGCUAGCUGCAUUGUCCGGCGAGAGAGAUAGCUGCUGCAGGGGGCGGCCAUGGGGAGGGGCAAGAUCGAGAUCAAGCGGAUCGAGAACGCGACCAACAGGCAGGUGACCUACUCGAAGCGCCGCACGGGGAUCAUGAAGAAGGCCAGGGAGCUCACCGUGCUCUGCGACGCCCAGGUCGCCAUCAUCAUGUUCUCCUCCACCGGCAAGUACCACGAGUUCUGCAGCCCUUCCACCGACAUCAAGGGGAUCUUUGACCGCUACCAGCAAGCCAUCGGCACCAGCCUUUGGAUCGAGCAGUAUGAGAAUAUGCAGCGCACGCUGAGCCAUCUCAAGGACAUCAACCGCAACCUGCGCACCGAGAUCAGGCAAAGGAUGGGAGAAGAUCUGGACGGGCUGGAGUUCGACGAGCUGCGCGGUCUUGAGCAAAAUGUCGAUGCCGCCCUCAAGGAGGUUCGCCACAGGAAGUAUCAUGUGAUCACCACACAGACUGAAACCUACAAGAAAAAGGUGAAGCACUCCUACGAGGCGUACGAGACUCUGCAGCAGGAGCUGGGGUUGCGCGAGGAGCCGGCGUUCGGGUUCGUGGACAACACCGGCGGCGGGUGGGACGGCGGCGCCGGCGCCGGCGCGGCGGCGGACAUGUUCGCCUUCCGCGUGGUGCCCAGCCAGCCCAACCUGCACGGCAUGGCCUACGGCGGCAACCACGACCUGCGCCUCGGUUGAUAUAUCAUCGCCGCCGCCGCCGCCGCCGCCGGCGGCCUGCUCGUCGCCGGCCGGCCGGCCGCCGGACACCGUAUCAUCGCUCGAUCUAGAUAACAAGCCGACGAAUAAAUUGCAGUGCUCGUGUUACUUACCUGCAUGCGCAUGCAUUAUUAUCGAUCAACGCAAGAACUUCAUUUCAUUUACCAAACCACUUGAUGUGUGCUAUGAUCCAGCGGUUAAACCGUGUGUUGUCUCUUGACAUUUUGUACCAGUUACUGAUGAUGUUGUAUUAUGUAUGCGUGGUGUGCAACUGUGCUUGGAUAAUUUCACACUUAUUUGCCACGCUUGCUUUAUUAGCUUUGACUAUCAAGCUACUGAUCAGAGAGUUACCUAGCUCAAAGGAUUAAUUAUUAUGUAUACAGCUCAAAUACAUUAAUGGGCUACUGGCUGCUGCUGUCCGAGUAAUUAUUUA